GCUGAAGAACAGCGGAAACUGUGUUUGUGCCAAUCGUCGACAGUCGGCGUCUUGAUAACAGUGGAGGAGUUUCCGCUAAAAAGACCCUGAAAUUCCUAUGGAUAUCAGGAACUAUUUCCUCUAUGUGCCUAUUCUGGCGCUGAUUUGGUUAAAUGUAUUACUUAAUGAUGCAUCCUGUGAUAGUCCCGAGAUUAUGGAUCAAAUAAAAGCCGUAAAGGAUAAAAUCCUGAAAAAUUAUGACAGAACGGUUAGACCUACUUUCAACGGAUCAAAUACUACAGAAGUGGAAUCAAGAUUUAUACCUCGGCAGAUCCUGAAAUUAGACGAAGAAACUGCCAUUUUUUGGUUGGAUUCCUAUUAUUUCAUGGGAUGGAUUGACCCGAGGUUGCGAUGGAAUACUAGUGAUUACGAUGGUUACUUGCAGCUCCCAAGGAGCUUAGUGUGGGUCCCAGAUAUCACAAUUUUCAAUAGUCAUAGUGUUCAAGUGGAUCCAACUCAGGAAGUUCUGUUGCUUGUGCAUUCAUCGGGUCAAGUAUGGUGGACGCCGCCUAUGUUCACCCAGACCUCAUGCCCAUCUGUUUCCAAAACUGCCUACCCUAAAGAUGAGGUGGAAUGUACAGUGACUCUCGGCUCAUGGGCACACGAUGGUUGGGAAGUGGAUAUACAACAUGGCGAAGACCUCCUCAUGUCAGAGUUUGAGAACAUAAAUCCGAGAUGGGAACUGAUAGUUUCAAAAGCAAGCAUCUUUCGCGAAGUCACCCGAUAUGAAUGCUGCGCUGAGCCGUACAUUAGCAUCCACAUACGUUUUCCCAUGAAACGUCGUCCUGUGCCAGAGAUCGAAGCUACCAGAACACCUUGCAUUCUCAUAAUGAUACUAGCACUUUCGAUCUUCUGGCUUCCUCCAAAUUCAUCGCUAAAAUUUCUUCUCUGUGGAAUUCUAUUCUUCGCUCUAAAUAUUCUUCUUGUUUACGUUGCUGGGAGCACUAAGUCUCCUCUUGUAGUGGGAUACGCCGUGUCGUUCAUACAAUCUGCCAUGUACAUUGUCGUUACGACACUUUUCCUUCAAGUGUUUAUCAUCACCAAGCUCUGCAAUCAGUCCGGACCAUCCCGUCCUCCCCCCUCAGUGAUGCAGUUCCUAACGGGCCCUCUGGGUAAAUACGCAUGCCUAAGAUCGCCGAUGUCCGAGGAUCAGGUAUCCCUUGACCGUGUUCAACUGAAGGAGGAUUCUUCUGCCAACGAACCGCCAUCGGCUAAAGAUGAAUGGAUGUUAUUUGCUUCCGCACUUGAUAGAUUAUUUUUCCUUAUAAUGGCUAUAGUUGUCAUAGCCAUCCAUUAUUUGUAACAUGUUAUUAUAGUUACAUGAGAAAAUAUUAUUGGUGUGGUCAAUAAAUUUGUUCCCUCUUUCUUUA